AUGGGCCUCGUCGGCGUCUUCUCCUCCCAAGUGCCCUCAUCUCCAUCUAUGGAGGAGUCUUACUCGACAACGGGGGCAUAUGGGCUCGAUGUUGUUUAUGAUCCAGAUUUCGCAAGCGUGGACAUCGUCUUCGUUCACGGAUUGACAGGGAACAGGGAAUCAACGUGGACAGAUAAAAAGUCCAAAAUCUUUUGGCCCAAACAGCUUCUUCCGCGCGAUCUGCCUACUGCCCGUGUUUGGACUUUUGGGUAUGAUGCCGAUAUCAUCGGUGCGCUGAAGACGGCUAGUUCGAAUACAUUGCGGGAUCAUGGAAAAUCCCUGAUGCAUGAUUUGUCGCUUGCGCGGUUGAGACAGAAAUCUAACCGACGUCCUCUUAUCUUCGUUGCUCAUAGUCUUGGCGGCCUUGUAACGGAACAAACACUCGUUUGUGCACGUGAAUCACCCCAUCAGCAUCAUAAAGAUCUCCUGGAGUCCACAUUUGCUAUUACGUUUAUGGGGACUCCGCAUGUUGGUUCUGCGCAAGCGAACUGGGCUACGCCGUUGACGCGAUUGGCUCGGGUUCUCCGUAGGACAAACUCGGAGAUUGUGCAGGUCCUUGAGCCGGGGUCUGAGAUGCUUGCUAAUCUACAGCAAGGGUUUCAUACCAUGUUGGAGGAUUAUCGGAGGAAUCAUGACAAGACUAUUGAGAUGUUUUGUUUUUAUGAGGAGUUGGCUGUUACGGGGAUUGGCAAGAUUGUUGAAGAUCAUUCUGCUAUUCUGAGUGGUUGUUCUAAUCGCAGUAUCCAUGCUGAUCAUAUGGGGAUGACCAAGUUCGGCGGUAACCGUGAUCCUGGGUAUGUUGCUGUGAGUGAGCAGUUGUGGUUGUGGGUUCAUACCCUAGAGGACUUGGAGGCGCAGGCGCAGGCUGCUUCGGUGAGAACACAGUCGCAGCCGCAACACCAUCAACACCAACAGCAGCGCACUAUAGAUUCUGGUGGUGGGCCUAUAUUCCUUGGAAGUCUGACUGCAGGGCGAGAUUUUAUAAACUCGACCCAAACUAGAUAA